AUGCCCUGUACGGGCCCGUCUGUCACCUUAGAGUCUUACGCGGACUCCAAACAAAGCUCCAAUGCGUCCGGCCUUGCAGUCCCCGAUGAACGUGCCAAUUUACUGCGCAACACACGGCGAAGACAUUCUUUUCAUACAUCUAGACGAUUAUCCUGUGAUUAUGAUGCAGAUGCUAUAUUCUUGCGGGUCGAAUUAUUUCUCACGGAAAUGGAGCGCCGGUUACAGUGGCUGGAGGAAUAUCGACAAUCGCACAUGACACACAUCGAUGCAAGGUUAAAACGAGGGUAUGCCGCCCUACUCUCUGUUCGGGAUUCCUGCUGCUAUGCUUCGGGAGAACUGAUGGGAAGCGGCAAACGACGGGCGAAGAUCCUGGUAGAGACUCUGGAGGAUCGUUACAAUGAGGUCCUGGCAACCAAGGAAACCUUCGAGCAAAAAGCUCAUGCCAGCAUGCGUCUGAUGGAGAAUUUCCUGGGUGAGCUCGAGCUGGCGGCCCAGUCAGUGCGCGAUCGGGGUCUAUACAGCACGUUGGAUGACGGAUGGCGUGCAGUAGAGCCUAGCCUUACGCACGCCCGUGAAGUAAUGGACGAAAGCCUAGCACAUGCGCGCGAAGUCAUGGAUGAAAGUAUCGAACACGCACGGGAAGCUCUACAGAAGAGAAUCGAACGUGCCAUCCAACUCGCCAAGGAACAACGUCUCAUUCACUACUCAGACCUUCCACACCCUUGGCGUGUCAACCCGCACAUCUUGCAGGGAUACCGUUUCACAACGUCCAAGAUCGAAUGCGUAACGUCCGUCUUCACGUUCUCCAAUGAGCUUUUCAACAUCUGGUCACACUUCAUUGGCCUGAUCAUCGUCCUAGCCAUUGCAUUCUACUUCUACCCCUCCAACCCAAAUUUCUCCGCCAGCACAACCACCGACGUCGCAAUUGCCGGCAUCUUCUUCCUCGCAGCCUGCAAAUGCCUCGUCUGCAGUACGCUAUGGCAUACAAUGAACGGCAUCGCGUCACAACCGCUCAUGGAAAGAUUCGCCUGCGUCGAUUAUACGGGCAUAUCGCUCCUCGUCGCCGCCUCCAUCGUCACGACAGAAUACACAGCGUUUUAUUGCGAACCAGUCUCCAGGUGGAUCUAUAUUGUCACAACGUCCACUUUAGGUAUCGCCGGUGUCAUUCUCCCCUGGCACCCUACCUUCAACCGUUCAGACAUGGCCUGGGCCCGUGUGGCCUUCUACGUAACCCUAGCAGCCACUGGCUUCGCUCCAAUCGCCCAACUGAGCCUGACAAGGAGUUUGGGAUGGUCUCUGUACUUCUACGCACCCUUGCUGAAAUCUCUCGGCGUGUACCUGCUUGGCGCAUUGGUGUAUGCCUCGCAAAUCCCCGAGCGCUGGCAUCCGGGCUUCUUCGACUACCUUGGCGGCAGCCACAAUAUUUGGCACGUUGCUGUGCUCGGCGGAAUUCUGUUUCAUUAUGGAGCUAUGCAGGAUCUAUUUACAGGAGCGUUUGUAAGGGCUGAGGGGGAGUGUCCGACUUUGGUGGUGUAG